GUCGUCACUUCGCUCUGAAUGACACUCUCUCUAUGCUAAAAUAUAACUCUAUGGAUAGUCCUGUGUCGGUUUGGCUUCACUUUUGGUCAUAAGAUUACUCGUCCUCUCUCUUUCCUUGUCUAAGGUUUAGCCAUCCACCGGCCACCACUUCACAUAACCUACAAAUUUCAAAUUUAAAUUAAAGUCCGUAAAACCUCAAAUCCCAAGAAAUGGCUGGUUAUAGAACUGCUUACACAAUUGAUGAGGACAACAUGAUACUGGAAAUAAUAACUGCCACAGAAGGAUAUUAUUAUCUGAGGGGUAGAGCAUAUUGGAUAGAUUUGGUCAAUCUAGGACGAUUCAAUAAAUGCCGCACUUGGAUGAGUAUUCAGAAUCGUUUUGAAAAAAAGAUUUUACCCGACAUUAUGAAUUCUAACUAUUUAAUUCCCGAAAUUGAAAAACAUAAGAUAGUCUUGGCUUGGGAGCAGACUGCAGAUGAUUUUUGUUCUGAUGAUUCUGUUAGUGAUGAUAAUGACGAUGAUACUGGUAUUGAUGAAGACAAUACAGAUAAACCAAUAGUAUCUAGUACAAUAAAAAAAAGAUAAAACUCAGAAACCUUUGACUCAGAUUAAAAUUCAAGGAUUAAAAGAAGGGAUUUAAGUGGAGGCCAAUUCAAAUCUAAUUUCGUUUUAGAAAUUUUAACUUUUAUUUAUAGGCUAUUGAUUAUAUAUGUUCAAAAUAAGAGAGCUAAAAGGAACUACAACGUUAACGGGGUUUUAUUGUUUCAUAUGGCCAGUGGACCUCAAAAUAUGAAAAAACCGCGGAGUGCUACCAUAUAAAGGGGUGCGUUUAUGAGAAAGAGGGGAAUUAGUCCAUAGGCACAGGGUGCAUUAGGGUGAGUUCCAUGCACUUUUGGUACAAACACGUCUACAGAAAAAAAAGCUUCUAAAGUAAUUUUUUUGCAAAAAUAUAUUAAAAAAAAGCAAAAAAAAACACGAAAAAAAGAAAUUUUGUUUUUUGCUCCAUAACUUUUUUCCGCGGGGAUAUAGGUAUAGGCAUUGCUAGCCAUAGAAAAAAAAUCUAUCGUUUCUCCUUAAAAUGACGUGUGGUAGUCUUUAUGAUUUAUAAUUUCCGAAAUAUGAUUUUUCAAAAUUCGCUACUCACAGCAUUUUUGGGUAAUUUUCCCUAUUAUUUCCCGAGCAUUGUUCCGUAACUUUUUUCUACGCAUUUCUAGGUAUAUAUGCAAAGGUACAUUUAAUAGGAAGAGAAGUCAAUUACCAUUAAAACGGUCUAUUGUGUAAGGUUGUACGACUAUUAUUCUGUAUUUUUUAAGCCAGUUAUGGUUUUUCAAAGUUUUAUACUUUUAAUGAUUUUUGAUUUUUUUACGAUUAUUUUUUAAAUUUCUCAAUAUAACUGUUUUUCUUGCAAUAAAAAAGAAAGCUUAUUUUCUUUACUUGAGAAUGGUAUACAUAUUGUAAAAAAUUCUAGGAAUAUUUUUAAACAAGUAUCCAAGGGUAUCCGUAAUUUGAGAAAAAUUUUGAAUUUUUUUUUCAAUUCAAAGAAUAUAAUUGCAUAUUAGAACAUAAUUUUUAUUUCCAAAUAACUUUUCUCAAUAACACUUUUCCAUAUUGUGAAAUACAGUACUUUACUCUUGAGCGAAAUUCAUAUUUUUUAAAAUACCUCAUAUACAAUUGAUAAAAUUUGAUAUGUGAUGAUUGCUUGUUAGGUUUUAGGCUAUGCAGAGCAUUUUAUGAAAGAUAAUAUUUUUCAUAAAAUUAAUAAUAAAUUAGUUUUCCAUAUGGUUCCAACUUAGUGGGACAUAUUGCAUGUGUAUAUAUGUCACACUUUGAAAAAGCAUAUAUCUUGUUUAAAAAUAGUCCUAUAAUUUUUUACAAUACCCCAUUUUAAAGUAAAGAAAAUAAGCUUUCUUUUGUAUUUGGCAAUCGUAAAACAUAUCUAUCAAAAAUCGUUAAAAGUAUAGAACUUUGAAAAAACAUAUACCUAUUGCUUAAAAAUAGUCAUACAACCUUCCAUAAUAGACUAUUUUAAAGCCAAUUGACUUCUCUUCCUACUAAAUAUAGGAUAUUACAUUGUACACACCUAAAACUGCGUAGAAAAAAGUUACAGAACAAUGUUUGCGAAAUAAUAGGGAAAAUGACCCAAAAAUGCUGUGAGUAGCGAAUUUUGAAAAAUCAUAUUUCGGAAAUUAUAAAUCCUAAAGACUACCACACGUCAUUUUAAGAAGAAAGGAUAGAAAUUUAUUUUCUGUGGGUAGCAAUGCCUAUACCUAUAUCCCUGUGGAAAAAAGUUAUGGGACAAAAAACAAAAUUCUGCUUUUUUUGAAUCUGUUUUUGUAAAAAAAAUAUUUUUGACAUUAAAAGGUGAUAUUUUGAUAGUAAAUUUAACCUGGAACAAUUUUUCUGUAGACGUGUUUGUACCAAAACUGCAUAGAACUCACCCUAGUGUACCCUGUCUAGGGACUAAUUCACCCCUUUCUCAAACACGCACCCCUUUCAAUGGUAGCAUUUCGCGGUUUUUUUUAUAUGUAGAGUUCCAUUGACCAUUUGAAAUGAUAAAACUCCGUUAACGUUGUAGUUUUUUCUAAAGUACAUAAUCAAUAGCCUCAAAGUAAGAAAACAAAAAUAUACUUACAGUCGGAAAAAUGAAAGAAUACCCAUGAACGAUCACAUCAAUCACAUAUUUUGUAUUUGCUAUUUUUUUUUCCAUAAAUAACAAACGAGAGAGAUAGAUUGUCAAUAAUCUGAAUAAUAUGUGAUUGAUGUGAUCGUUCAUGGGUAUUCUUUCAUUUUUCCGACUGUAUAUCAAAAGACAUUUAUGUUAAUAUUUCCCACUUCAAUUCAAGUUUAUUUUUAAGAAAAAAAUGUGUUGUGUUUUAUAAGUUUUUUUAUCUGUUUUUAACUGUACAGAAUAUACAGUGAUCACGUAAAUGUUGGAAUAAAUUCAUUUUUUCAUGAAUGGGCUAUUUGGAAAUAAAUCCCGAAAUAGGUCGAUUUUUAUUUUUAAAUUGUUUUUUUUGCAUAUAUACAGGGUUUCGAAGCCCAAAUCGGGUUUCGUUGUCAAAAUACAAAAUACUACUAAAAUAAACAAAAAUGUUGUUACUAAGUAAAAAAAUUCUAAUAAUUUAUUUAUAGUAUUUUGUAUUUUGACAACGAAACCCGAUUUGGGCUUCGAAACGUUAAUAAAAUCUUUUUUUGGUAAAAUUGUGGCUUAUUUCCCAUUAUAAAUAGUUGAUUAUAAAAAUUCCACAAGGAAAUAGCUUUAGAACAACAUAUACAGGGUGUCCAAAACUAUCCCGACAAACGAAGACCGGAGAUUCUUCAGAUAAUUUUAAGACAAUUUAACCCAAUUCACCUAGUCCGAACAUGCUUCCUAAGGGAGCUAGAGCUCUUUGAAGAUGGCGUCUUGGAAUUAGUUUUUCUUAAAUAUCACCUUUUAUUUAGAAAAACGAAAACUGGUACGCUGAUUUGUCUUCCAAAGGUAAAUACAUUUCAUCAAUUACGAAUUUCUAGUACCGGUUACAGGCGCCCUUUUUGGGUCUUUAACUUCUUAGCAUUUCGACACCGGUAGGAUGCAUCGUUUUUUUAGAAAAAUCGAUUUGAAAGUUUUUCGUUUUUUGAAUUCGAAAAAACUUUUUAGAAAAACACGGUAUAUUUUGCAGACUUACAGACAGAAGCAAGAGUAUCUUUUAGUAUUAGACCUCAUAAUUUAAUCAUCAAGUGUCAGAAAUGCUUAAAAAGUAAAGACAAAGAAGUUAAAUUCGCUAAUGAUGGAAUCGAUUUAUCUCUGGAAAGUAAAUAAGCGUACGAGUUUUCGUUUUUCUAAAUAGAACCCAUCUUUAAAGAGCUCGACUAGGUGAAUUGCGUGAAAUCGUCUUAAAAUUAUCUGAAGAAUCUUCGGUCUUCGUUUGUCGAGAGAGUUUCUGGACACCCUGCAUGUCAUACUAGUGACGUCAUCCAUCUGGGCGUGAUGACAUAAUCGAUAAUUUUUUUAAAUGCGAAUAGGGGUCGUGUCCUAGUUUAUUUGAAAGGUUUAUCAAUUAUUUUUUCAGUAAUAUAAAUAUUAAUAUAUUUAUUUAGACAUUGUGUCCAAAAAUAAAUUUUUAAAAUUAAAUUGACACAAAAAGAAGAAUAUAUGUACCUACCUAAUGUAUUUAAUUCAUAAUACAUUUUACCGCUGACAGAAAAUACUGCCACUCACCUUACUCUUGGCAGUUUGAACAUUUAAUUUAAGCGAAAAGUAAUAUUUAUUUGUAAAAUAAACAUCUUUUUCUGUUUUCCGACAUAAUUAAUUUGUUUUAAAUAAAUUCUUCUUUUUGUGUCAAUUUAAUUAAAAAAGUGUGUGCACCCUGUAAUUAUACUAAUGUUUAUAUUACUAUUAGACAAUUAACUAACCUUUCAAAUGAACUAGCACAGGACCCCUAUUCUCAUUAAAAAGAAUAAUUGAUUACAUAGGCGUAACCAGGGGGAGGUUUUGGGGGUUGUAACCCUCCCCCAUUUGGAUGUAGGUACUUUGAGCUCUAUAUGCUUAACACCAUUACUAUUCCAUACCCCCAGAGCCCAUCAAGUAGUUGUAACCCCCCUUAGGAUCAUCCUGGUUACACCUCUGAUUGAAUACGUCAUCACAGCCAGAUAGAUGAUGUCAAUAGUAUGAUAUAUAUGCCAAAAAGUCAAAAUUUAAAAAUAAAAAUGGACAUGUUUCGGAAUUUAAUUCCAAAAUCGCCCAUUCAUGAAAAAAUAAAUUUAUUCCAACCUUUACGUUUUCACUGUAUUAGCAUCUUUUGUUUCUAUAUUAUUUACCUCUGUGGCUAUGUUAAUACAUUAUUUGCCUUUUUAAUGGUUUCCAUGCUUUUUGUAAAAGCCACCCAUUUGCUAAUCACAAGAAAAUCAUAUUUAUACAAUAAAAGAAGAGGCUAAGAAAUGUAUUUCGGACAGGAAAUUAAAUAUGUGGUAGAUAUAAAGGAAAAACUAUUUUAAAGGAAGAUGGACCAUGGAAGACUUCUAAUACACAACACAACCGAAUGGUAUAAUGUAAAAUGUAGAAAUACAUUUUUUCAUCAAAUUGCUAACGGGUUAUGACUGCUUCAAAACAUGUACACAAUCUGCUUCUUCUGGGUAGCUUCCAUGACAAUUUGCCGAUAUCGUUCUCGAUCUUGCGCGGCAUGUAACAAUUCAUCUGCUGAUAAACCACUUCAUUGACGAAGGUUUCGGAGCCAUGAAUAUUUCUUCCAUUCCCCUUUUUCCGUCGAGUAUUAACUGCAGCAUCCUGUAUCUGCUACCUCUCAUUAUAUGCCCGAGAUAUUCAAGUUUUUUCUUUUUUAUCAUCUUGAUUAAGCCACCUUAGCCAUUACCUACUCUGUUUAAGAGUUCUCUGUUUGAAAUGCGGCGAACCCAAGAUAUUCUGAGCAUUCUACGAUAUGACCACAUCUCGAAGGCUUCUAAUUUUAUCAUGUUAACCUUCAUGAUCCACGUUUUUCAUAAAUGCUCCUCUUGCAAUUUCUAUACGAGUUCUAAUUUCUUCAUCCGGAUUUAGUGUCUCGUUUAUCCAACAUUCUAGGUACAGUAGAACCCCUCUAAUCCGCCCUCGGAUGAUCCGACGCUCCGGGUAAUCCGACCUGCCCGCAUGCCCCGGCAAAUUCCUUCAGUGCCUGCUCGCAAUUCUUUCAGUGAUAUUUCGAACCUUGUGGUGUGUACAUAUGUUUUCAAAAUGUCCGCGAAACGUAAACACAUUACUCUUUCGUUAAGUGAAAAACUUGCAGUGCUUCAAAGGCUGGAUAAAGGUGAAUCACUACAAAAAAUUGCCAAGGAACUGAACGUAGGCGUGACAACAAUUAAGGAUUGGAGAAAAAAUCGGAAAGACAUUGAAUCAUAUACAAUGACGAUAGAUGGAGAAAACACUCUUAAGAAUCGAAAAACAUUGAAAAAGCCUAAACUUGAACUGCUUGAUAGUGCAUUAUGGAUGUGGUUCAGCCAAGAAACAAGGAAGGGAACUCCGAUAUCUGGCCCAAUCAUAAAAGAAAAGGCAAUAAUUUUGCACAAAAAACUAGAAGUCGGAAGUGAGUUUAAAGCUAGUGAAGGCUGGAUUGAUCGCUGGAAAACCCGUCAUGGUAUCCGGUUUAUCUCAAUUUGUGGUGAAAAAUUAUCUGCUGAUGCUGAGGCGGCUAACGAGUUUUCGGUGAAGUUUCAAGAAAUCGUAAAAGAAAAUGAACUGUUACCUUGCCAAGUCUAUAACAUAGACGAGACAGGCCUAAAUUACAAAAUGCUUCCCAGUAAAACCUUAAGUGCGCCAAAUGAAACCGUAGCGGGAACGAAACUCUUAAAAUAUAGGUUAACUGUUACUCCUUGUAGCAAUGCCGAUGGUACACACAAGCUUUCCCUGUUUGUUAUAGGCAAAUCUAAGAAGCCCAGGGCUUUCAAAAACAUCAAUUUAUCAUCAUUGCCGGUUUAUUACCGCAAUCAAAAAUCUGCUUGGAUGGACUGCAAUAUUUUCAAAUCGUGGAUUUUUGACGAGUUUGUGCCAUGUGUUGAGAAGGAUUUGAAAAAGAAAAAUCUUAGAAAAAUCCGAAGGAUAUGACAUUUUUCAAGCCAUGAAAUCCUUCAACAUUAAAGAUGCUAUCUAUACAAUGGCUGAGUCAUGGGCAGAACUGAAUCCUGACACGCUAAGAAAAUCUUGGCGUAAGCUUUGGCCAGAAGUUAUGACCGAAAUUGACCAGAUCGAAGAUGAGCAAAACGACAUGCAGGAAAUCGUUAAAAAUCUUUAAACCCUGAAUAAUUCAAUCCCUGCUGGUGAAGUUGAAGAGUGGAUUGAACAAGGCGACAAAAACUGCGAAACCAGUGAAGUGCUGAAUGAUGACGACAUUGUUGCCGCGGUUUUGGAACAUGAUGAUGAUGAAAACGUGAACUCAGAAUCCGACAGUGAUGUUGACGAGCCUCCUGUCCAGAUUUCACACACCGAUGCCAAGAAUGCAUUUGAAAUCGGCCUUCAGUACAUAGAGCAGAAUCCAGCAUCAACACCGAUGGACAUCUUGUGGAUCAAAAAUUGGAGAAACAUUGCAACUAAGUCCAGAAUUUCGUCUCGUGAACAGAAAUCUAUCACUGACUUUUUUUCCAAGUAGACUACUAAUUUUUUCAGUACAUAUGUACCUUUUUUUUGCAAUUACAUAAUUUAAUAAAUACAUAACAAAGAAUUCUGGCAUUUUAAUGCAAUAUAAUUAUGUACAUAUGUAUGGUUAUUAUAUCACUGAAGAGAAUAAUACAGGCUUUUUUUCUUGUACAGACGUAUUUAAUGACUUUUUCUGAUAAUCCGACCUUUUUUGCGUUCCGACCAUACUCCUAGUCCCGAGGGUGACGGAUUAGAGGGGUUCUACUGUAUACCUAUAGUAAAGAUUUUUGAGCAAUAAUGUCGUACAUGUCCAGCACUGGCGAAGCGUCCAUGUAACCGCUGUUACCAUUGGUAACAGUUAAAAAAAUAAAUAUUUUAUGACUACUAUGAAAUAAUUCCAUUUAUAUUUUUUACCAACGAAAUAUUUGUUAAUAUACAUAGUACCUAAUUCAGUAAAUAGCCAACUAGAUGCACGAAAAUAUUGGGAGGUUAUGUAAAUCCGUUUGACAUUAUUAUACUUUGUUACCACUUCUGGUUGUGGCAACGAAGGAUGAUUCUCGCUAUCGCUCGGGACUGGCUUGUUUCUGAAAAUUUUGAAGGAGCGACGGCUCCAGAGAGGGCGCGUGGGCACGCUGUGUAUAUCAGUAUUGUAACCAUUUUUUAAUUUGGUAACGUUAGUUUAGUACCUAUUACAGAUUACAGUGUGCGUGCAUUUGACAUUUGAACAUGGAAGAGUGUUGCUGCGUAAUCAAUCAACUACUUGAAAAGUCAUUCUCCUUGUAUAUUUUUUUAUAUAUAAUUUUGAAGAAAAAAAUGAAAUUAAAGAAAAUAGAAGACUUAAAAUAUAAACAUAGUUUUCAAAAUAUGUUCUUUUUCCUACUUGUUCAUUUUUUUAUGUUAAUU